AUGGCCUCCGCGGCGAGCGACCUGGCCGACAGCCCGGACGCCAGGUCCCCCAGCACGGCUGCCACGGCUGCCACGCCCGGCGCCGGCAGCACCGGGGCUGAGGGUGCCGGCAUCAAGCGCGGCCCGGACGGCGAGGCUAGGCGUGACGAGAGGGCCGAGGCCGAGGCCGGGGCCGACGGCGGAGCGGGAUCGGGAUCGGGAGCGGGAGCGAAGAGGAAGAAGAAGGGACCGGGAAGCCGCGGCGUGGCCAACCUGACGCCCGAGCAGCUCGCCAAGAAGAGAGCAAACGACCGGGAGGCACAGCGCGCCAUUCGCGAAAGAACCAAGAACCAGAUCGAGGCUCUGGAGAGGCGUAUACGGGAACUGACGAACCAGAAGCCUUACCAGGACCUCCAGGCUGUCGUCAGGGCCAAGGAGGCCGUGGAGCAGGAGAAUGCCGAUAUCAAGCGCCAGCUGGCCUGUGUCAUCGGCGUUCUGAGACCAAUUGUCGGAUCGUCAACGUCAGGGGACACGACGCACGUCUCGCCAACUCGUGCAUUUUCCCAGCCGGCGACGGCCGCGCCGAGCCCGGGCAUCCAUCAGUACGGCGCCGCCACGCCUGCAGCAACGGCCUCUCCCGCCGCGACCUUGGACCACGCCCAGCCGCACCUGCAAAGCCAACCGCCGCAUGUGUCGCCCGGCCUGAACGAUGAGCUCGUGGCGGCGUCGUCGUCGGACGCCCACACGAGCCCGCCGUACAUGACGCAGCUGCAGAGCCAGAAGCUUCAGCUGAGCCAGGGGCUCGACAUGGGCCGGGAGCGGCUGGGUCUGGAGUUCCUCCUGCGACCAGGGGAGCGCGUGAGCCGGAUCCAGGCCGGCGCCAACGGCGCCCAAGACUCGCCCCGGUAUCACCACGUUCCCAUGAAGCACGACUGGGCGGCCAGCCAGAACGAGCAAGAGGGCCAUCACCACCACACCUGGACGUCGUCGGACGCCUCCAGGCAGGAGCCGCUCGGCUCGUCGGGCUCGUCGGGCUCGUCGGCACCCGAGGGACACCAACAACGGGCGGGCAGCGCGUCCGGGAUGCCGCACCAAGCUCGAGCACCACCACCACCACCACAACAACAACAACAACAACAACGACGACGACGACGGAGCCCGGAGCCAAGCGCCCCCGGCAGCGGCCUCCCCUUCCACGCGCAGCAACUCAAGCACAGCGAGCCGUCGUGUCCGCUGGACUCCCUGCUCCUCAACUUCCUCACCGAGCGCCGCCAGCGCAUCGCCGACGGCGUGCCCAUCCGAGAGGUCAUCGGCCCGCGGUACCCGUCCGUCUCGUCCCUCCUCAACCCGUCCAACAGCGUCUACAGCCACCCCCUAUCCCGCGUCUUCACCGACAUCCUCGCCACGUUCCCCGGGAUAUCGCGGCUGCCGGAGCGCGUCGCCUCCCUCUACGUCAUGUUCCACCUGAUGCGCUGGCAGAUCUCGCCGACGCGCGAGAACUUCGAGCGCAUCCCCGAGUGCAUGGUCCCCGGGCGGCCGCAGAUGGAGCACGCCCACCCGGCCUGGGUCGACCUGCUGCCGUUCCCGGCCAUGAGAGAACGACUCGCGCGGGCGUGGGACCCGCGCCGGUACGACCUGGACAACUGGUUCAUACCCUUUACCACGUCGCUGCGGGUCAGCUGGCCGUACGAGGAGACGGACGCGCUCCUGAUGCUCCCGGACUCGGACGAGGUGGUGAUCAAUCCCGUCUUUGAGCGGCACAUCCGGAACCCGGACAACUGGCGGCUCGGGGAGAGGUUCGCGAGGGCGUUUCCAGAACUGACGGGCACGUAUCCGCUGGACCCCUCGGUGGACUGCUAG